AUGUAUGAGCGAGUAGUCUACGAGCGAGUAGUCUACGAGCGAGUAGUGUACGAGCGUGUAGUGUACGAGCGAGUAGUGUACGAGCGUGUAGUCUACGAGCCAGUAGUGUACGAGCCAGUAGUGUACGAGCCAGUAGUGUACGAGCGAGUAGUGUACGAGCGAGUAGUGUACGUAGUACGAGCCAGUAGUUGUACGAGCGUAGUAGUGUACGAGCCAGUAGUGUACGAGCGUGUAGUGUACGAGCGUGUAGUGUACGAGCCAGUAGUGUACGAGCGUGUAGUGUACGAGCGUGUAGUGUACGAGCCAGUAGUGUACGAGCGUGUAGUGUACGAGCGUGUAGUGUACGAGCGUGUAGUGUACGAGCGAGUAGUGUACGAGCGUGUAGUGUACGAGCGUGUAGUGUACGAGCGUGUAGUGUACGAGCGAGCGUGUAGUUACGAGCCAGUAGUGUACGAGCGUGUAGUGUACGAGCGUGUAGUGUACGAGCGUGUAGUGUACGAGCGUGUAGUGUACGAGCGUGUAGUGUACGAGCGUGUAGUGUACGAGCGUGUAGUGUACGAGCGAGUAGUGUACGAGCCAGUAGUGUACGAGCGUGUAGUGUACGAGCCAGUAGUGUACGAGCGUGUAGUGUACGAGCGUGUAGUGUACGAGCGAGUACGAGUGUACGAGCGAGUGUGUACGAGCGAGUAG